AUGCUGUCCAGAAUCAUUCGACCCAACCGGGUCAUUCGUGGCCCAGUAUUUCAACCCAACCCCCUCUCAUCGCGAAGGACCGGCUCCUCUCUACGUCUUCAAGCCCAGGUAGCCGAUAUCAGCAAAGGCAUCGACACGGCUGGCUGUUCUGUCCCGGCCUAUAUCGGCAACCCCAACGUCCAGAGCGAGCCAUCUGUUGUCGGACCGAUCGGCCCCCCGCCGUAUGAUUCCCCCGGUGCCGCCAAACUCGAGAACGUUCUCGCAAAUCCUGUCUCUUUUGAAAUUCAGAGUGGCCGCGAUGAGUUUUGGCGCAAAGUGCCUUAUUGGGCAGAUGUGACAGCCAAGGACUUCCUGUCGUAUCGCUGGAGUCUACAAGUGCUAGCUACCCACGAUUCUUCGUUGCAUUCAUCGGUUUGGGAUAUCGUCCUGCUAACCUCCAUGAAUUGGCAGGUCGCCAAUACCGUACAGGGCACAGUCAAGCUCUUCAAGUUCUUGCAAGCCGUCGUCCCAGAAGAGGUGCCUGUGGACAAGCUCGGCAUGCAGAUGCAGUCCCGUGACGAAUUCAUCAAAGACGUCCUCGAUGGCGUGGCUGCUGCAACGAUGGCAAUCCGAAUGACACCAUACAUCCUGAGUCGCAUCAACUGGCUAGAUCCUCGCCAUGACCCCAUCGCCCGGCAGUUCUUGCCAAUGAAGUCGAUCAUGCUUCCCGACCAUCCGAAGCUCACACUUGACUCGCUCCAUGAGACUGCCGACUCGCCCGUCAAGGGUCUAGUACAUCGGUACACAGACAAAGCACUGUUUCUGCCGACUUCGGUUUGUCCCACAUAUUGCAUGUUUUGCACCCGCUCUUACGCGGUUGGAGCCGAUACAAAUACCGUAACGAAGGCAUCCCUGAAGCCGACCCGCAGACGUUGGGAGGAGGCUUUUGCCUACAUUCAGAGCCGACCGGAACUCCAGGAUAUUGUAGUGUCUGGCGGUGACUCAUACUACCUCCAGCCGGAGCAGCUGACUCUUAUCGGCGAGCGCUUGAUUAGCCUACCCAACAUAAAGCGGUUUCGCUUUGCUUCCAAGGGACUAGCUGUAGCUCCGACUCGAAUUCUGGAUGAGUCUGAUGGCUGGGUGAAUGCCCUCAUUGAUAUCUCCAACAAAGCCAAGAAGGCUGGAAAGUCGAUGGCGUUGCACACUCACUUCAACAGCCCCAACGAGAUCUCGUGGAUUAGCUCGGACGCCUCUCAGAAGCUCUUUGAGAAUGGUGUCAUGGUCCGUAAUCAGACCGUCUUGCUUCGCGGCGUCAACGAUGACUACGAGACCAUGUCAACCCUCAUCCGCCAGCUAGCCGACAACAAUAUUAUACCUUACUACGUUUACCAGUGCGAUUUGGUUGAGAAAGUGGAGCACCUUCGCACGCCCUUGCAAACCAUUCUGGACCUAGAGGCCAGGAUCCGCGGGUCAAUUGCAGGUUUCAUGACUCCCUCUUUUGUCGUCGACCUUCCUGGUGGAGGGGGGAAGCGGCUUGCGUGCUCCUAUCAGAGCUACGACCGUGACACGGGCGUGUCAACCUUUGUGGCCCCCACCGUCACGGGCCGGGACAAAGCCGACAAGGUCUAUGAGUACUAUGACCCGAUUGACAUGCUCCCGGAAGCCUCGCGAGGGGUAUACAAACCCUCAAUAUAA